AUGUCUUUACAGAAUGCUUCGAUCAAUGUAACACACUUUAUUAUAGGUGGUUUUGACACAGUUAUAAGGCCGGAGGCAAUUGGUGUGGUUAUGCUGAUAAUCUAUCUACUAGUUGUUAUUGCCAAUACAGUAAAUAUCCUCUUCAUUGUUUUUGACAAGAGAUUACAUAAACCAAUGUAUCUUCUGGUUUGCAACCUUGCUGUUGUUGAUAUAAUGUACACUUCAAGUGCCAGUCCAACAAUGAUUGGGGUUCUACUUGCAGGUGUUAAUACCAUAUCCUAUGUGGAGUGCAUAAUUCAAAUGUUUGUUUUCCACUUGGGAGCUGUGAUGGAGAGGCUUGCUUUAGCAAUUAUGGCAUUUGAUAGAUUAAUUGCUAUAAUUUGUCCUUUUCAGUACCACAGUUAUUUAACAAACACACGUAUUGUUUUUCUUACAUACAUCCUGUGGGUUGCUGGUAGUGGUUUUGCAGCUCUUGCCCCCGCAGUGCUAGUUCGUCUCCCUCACUGCUACUCAAGACUGAAGUACACUUUCUGUGACUAUGCUGCUGUGCUACGAACCACUUGUGUUGACCCAAAUUACUAUUUAAAUUUAGGUGCUAUUAUAUUAUUUUUUAUUUUAUUCUUCACUUUCAUUUUCAUUUGCCUCUCAUAUUGUGGGAUCUUGAUUUUUGUCAAAUUAUCAAAUAAUGACAAAAAGAAAAUGGGGGGCACUCUUUUGAGUCACUUAAUUUGUGUGACAUGUCAUUACUGUCCUGCAUUUAUAAUCAUUGUCUUAACCAGAUUAGGCGUUGCAUUAUCUCUUGAAGAACGUCAGGGUUUACUUAUUGGGACCAUCCUCGGCCCAUCUCUUGUUAAUCCUUUUGUGUACAGUCUAAGGACAACUGAAAUCAAAACUAAGAUCUUUAGGAUAUUAAAAAAAAAGUCUGGCAUGUAUAGCUAG